CCGUGACCCCCCCGAGCCGUGGCUCCAGGCCGCCUUUGGGGGCUGUCGGGUCCCGGGGCCCCGGCGGGACGAGGUCCUGAGGGUCCCCCCUGGGGCCCCGCCCCCCCCGUUCGUCACCGUCAGCAGCAACGGCCAGUUUUUCCUGGUGGGGGUCGCGACCCCCUCGGGCCGGCCCCUCCCCCCCCCCGCCCUCCUCGCGGCCCUGGGGGGGCUCCGGGCGCGCGCGGGGGGGGGCGGGGCCCGAGCCCACCCCCCCGUGGGGCUCCUGACGGGGCAGCAGCGCCGCGAGUGGGGGCGGAGCUACGGCAGCAUGAUGAGAGACCGGCUAAGCCGCGCCUCCCUGGGGCGGAUCCAGAGGAGCCUCCUGGUGCUGAGCUUGGACUCACCUGUGCUGGCCCCGCCCGGUGGGCGUGGCCCCGAGGGCGUGGCCGCCCAGGUGCUGCACGGGGGCGGGGCCAACGCCAACAGCGCCAAUCGCUGGUGGGACAAGACCCUGCAGCUGGUGAUUGGCCAGGACGGCACCUGCGGCGCCCUGUGGGACCCGGCCGUCAUCGACGGCGCCGUCGUCUCCGAGCUGCUCGACCAUGCCCUGGAGCACAGCCGCCGCUUAGGCCCCGCCCCCUCCCUGGAGGCCACGCCCCCUUUGCCCCCUCCGCAGCGGCUCCGUUUCAGCGUCGGCCCCGAGCUGGCGGCGCAGGUGGAGCGGGCCAAGAAACACCUGGACAGCCUGGCGGCGGACGUGGACGUUCAUUGCUUCAGCCACGAGGGGUUCGGAGAGGGGGCGGGGCCAAGGGCGGAGGCCGUGGUGCAGGUGGGGCUGCAGGUGGCGUUCUACAGGGCUCACGGCUCCCUGUGUGCCACCUGCGAGCCGCUGUCCCUGCGCCGGGUCCUGCCCGGCUGCACCGACCUGCUGCGCCCACCGGGGCCGCCCUGCCUGGCGCUGGCGCGGGCGCUCGAGGAGCCCCAGGCACAGCCCGAGGAGCUGCUGGCGCUGCUGCGCGAGGCCGUGGAGGAGCAGGAGAGCCGCACCCAGGAGGUGUUAUCGGGCCAGGGGGCGGAGCGACACCUGCAGGGGCUGCGCCAGGCGGCGCUGGCGGCCGGGGAGCCCCUCCCCGAAAUCUUCCUUGACCCCGCCUACGCCGAGGCCACGCACUUCCGGCUCUGCACCCUGCAGGUGCGCUCCCGCGAGGGCUCUUGGCUGCUCCGGGGUCCCCUGGUCCCGGACGGGUACGGGGUGGGGGUGGGGCACGUGCUGGCCCCGCCCCCCGGGGACCCCCGAGGCCCCUCCCCCGGCGUGGGGGCGGGGCUUCGCGUGGCCGUCACCGCCUUCGCCUGCUGCAGCCACACCCAGGCCGCGCACCUGGGCGGGGCCAUCCGCGAGGUGUUCGACCAAUUGGGGGCGCUGCUGAGGGGGCGGAGCCUCGGCUGAGACACGCCCACUUCGGGGGACACCGCCUACUUCAUGGGGACACGCCCACAGC